GCCAUGGACGGUCUGCGGCAGCGCUUCGAGGAGCUUCUGGAACGGAGGAACCUGGCCAGCCAGGUGCUCGGGGCACUCGAAGCCAGGACCGGUGUCGAGAAGCGGUAUUUGGCCGCGGGAGUCGUGACGCUGCUAAGCCUGUAUCUUCUCUUCGGCCACGGGGCCUCUCUGCUGUGCAACCUCAUCGGAUUUGCUUACCCCGCAUAUGCUUCAAUCAAGGCUAUCGAGAGUCCAAGCAAAGAGGACGACACUUUGUGGCUCACCUACUGGGUGGUGUACAGCCUUUUCGGGCUGGUCGAGUUCUUCAGCGAUCUACUCCUGUUUUGGUUCCCUUUCUACUACGCGGGCAAGUGCGCCUUCCUAUUGUUCUGCAUGACGCCCGGGCCCUGGAACGGGGCCCACAUCUUGUACCAUCGCGUGGUCCGUCCACUGUUUCUAAAGCACCGCGACACCGUGGACAACGUCGUCAGCGACCUCAGCGGGCGAGCCCUGGACGCGGCAGCCGCUCUCACCAGGGAUGUCCUGAGGAUUCUGGCCCGGAGCCGGGCCCUCGUCACCCCGGCUGCGGCGGCGGGUCCCCGGCUGCCCUCGGAGCCAACCGUAGGUAAUUUCUGGGAGAGGCCCAGCAAGCGUGACGCCGCUGCAGAAGGACAAGUGAAAACGGACCUUCAGCCCGCGGAACCGGGCGCAACCGACCGCCAGCCCUCCUCAGAUUCCUCCGCGGGCUCCCCGACCGAGGCCCCCGCCGGCCCUGCUGGCCCUGGCAAGACCCCUGGGGGCUCCCCCCAUGCCACCUCAGGCCACGCCCAGUCCGGUGCUGCCGCCACCGCCGUCACCAGCUCCGGGGGCCGUGCCCAACCUGCCACGGGCUCCGCCAGCGGCUCCCAGCUGACCGGCAAGACCCGGGGGCGUAUGCAGUCCCGGGGCAACUCCACCAACCCGCUCCAGCAGGGCCUCAACCAGCAGCCCCAGCGACAGUCGCUGGGGUCCAUACUGCCCUCUCAGACAACCCGCAAGCCCUCAGCCCCCGCGCAGCACCCGAGCGGCACCACCAGCCAGACGGUGCCCCUCGUCCAGACGCCCAGCGGCACCAACAUCCCGGUGCAGUCCCCUAGCAAGACCGCCAGCAAGACCAUCAGCGAGCCGGGGGACACUGCCACCAAGUCCAAGAGACAUCACCGGAAGCGGUUCGCGGCGCGACGCACCAGCAACACCUCAGUGGCUGACUCCUGCCCCUCCGACACGUCUCUGGAGACCACCUCCGAGUGCAUCUCGGAGUUCACCUUCACCUGGCCCUACUUCAAAGGACGCCGCCUCCGUUGCCUGCGUCACUGCUGGCAGCUGGAGCGCCUGCCCUGCUGA